CUGGCUUAUUCACUAACUGCUGAUCACUGAAGAUGUAUCAUAUGUACUGCGCUUUCCUCGUACAGCUUGGAAACCUUGUAGCCCAAACAGCUUUUUAUGGUCUGUCGUCACUCUAGUUUGAUGAGGACAAUAAACUGCUGGUCCUGUGUAAGUCUAUGAAGAACAUCUAUUACCAGAGGGUCAAACAGUGACUGUCCAGAUACAGCUGUCUGCCAACAUCAUACGUACUUGUACCAUUUUGGACCUUGGUUACUCCACAUAUGUUAUCUGUGUGAUUAAAUGGAAAUGUUUGGUGAGAGGUGGACUGUGGCUACGGAUUGACAGUAUCAUCAACGAUUCAGUGGAAGAAGAUGGAAGAAUGGAAGUAUUCGUCUAAUGGAUGGAAUCAUCGAGUAUAAGGGGCGCCUGGAGGUCUAUGAAAAUGGCAGGUGGGGCACUGUUUGUGACAAUGGGUGGAAGCAACAUAAAGAGAACGUCAUUGUUGCCUGUCGACAGCUGGGUUUCGCAACUGGAAAUUAUACCAGUAGGAGGGUGUACAACCGAAGAGACAAGAAAUUUUUGGUUGACAAUUUAAUAUGUAAUGGCCAGGAAAGAAGACUUGGUGCUUGUCAAUUUGAUGUACCUAGAUAUAAAAACUGUGCAGGGCGCGAUGACUCGGAGAUCAAUUUAUGGUGUGAUCGCCCGCCCUCCCCUGUUUUACCAACUAAAGAUGAUAUCAGACUGAUGAAUGGAAAAGAUGCGUUCGAAGGAAGGGUAGAAAUAUUCAGAGGAAACAAUUGGCUUUCCAUUUGCCAAAACGGUUGGGGAACAAACGAAGCGAGGGUUGUGUGCAAGCAACUUGGUUUCAAUGGCGGAAUAACAAAAUUUAAUGCUUUUUAUGGUCAAGGUUACGGCAUGCCCUGGAGAGUGAAGUUGACUUGUGACAGUACUAAGGAUAAGCUAAUCGAUUGCGAAGUACUUGCCGCAAUAUGUAUUCAAAGUUACACAGCAGGCGUUGUUUGUGAGGCACCAGUACCGUUUGGGUCAUUAUGUAAGCCCGAGGAGCGGUGUGAAGGAAACUCUGUAUGUGUCAUGUCACAACGGAGGCAACUAUGUCAGUGUUUGGAUGAGACUACCAUGUUCUGGGACAGUGCCCUGUCGACCUGCAAGAUGAAAUCGGGAUACAAUGCGUCAUGUCGACCUGGGAUACCGGACAAUUGUGCAAGUACACUCGUUUGUAACACAUACGGUAAUACAAGCAAGUGUUUGUGUUUACACGACAUGUUUUGGGACGACAGACAGACGAAAUGUAAACUAAAAUCGGGCUAUAAUGAGCCAUGUCGACCUGGCAUACCGGACAAUUGUGCAAGUACACUCGUUUGUAAUACAUAUGGUAAUGCAAGCAAGUGCUUAUGUUUACACGACAUGUUUUGGGACGACAGACAGACGAAAUGUGAACAAAAAUCAGGAUAUGAUGAGCCAUGUCGACCUGGCAUACCGGACAAUUGUGCUAGUACACUGGUUUGUAACACAUACGGUGAUCCAAGCAAGUGUUUGUGUUUACACGACAUGUUUUGGGACGACAGACAGACGAAAUGUGAACAAAAAUCUCUAUACAACGAGACAUGCUAUGCUUACAUGACUGACAGCUGUGGAAGUAACCUUGUGUGCAAUCAACAGUUCAACAACAGCAUAUGUCGAUGUUAUGACGAAGGACGCAUGUUUUGGAAUCCUGUAACGUCUGCAUGUCAAACCAAGAAACCAUACAACGACAUGUGUGCGACAUCGAGAGAAUGUCAAAGUAACUUGGGGUGUCGGUUAGAAACCGAUUCAAACAGAUGUCUAUGGGCUGAGCAAGGAUUUACUUUAUGGCAUGUUGGUGCCAAAAGUUGCUUUUCCGUUAACAAGCUGCAAGCUGACUUUAUCCAACUGGAAUUGGAGUACAACCAAGCUCAAACGCAUUGUGCUAAUGAAGUAAACGGGAGUUUUGCCACAUGGAACGACUUUCAAAUGGUGUUUGAAAACUGCAGGGAUAAUAUAGAAGACAUUUGGAUACAGACCAUGUCAGAAAUGCCAAACAAGAAUGAUACUUUGUGCCAGUUAGCAAGGAUGGGAGAUCGAUAUUACAACAUCAGCUGCUAUGAAAGACUUAAUUUUGUGUGCAUACAUGAACGUGACAACACUGAUAAUAUACCGUGCAAAGAUUUCCCAUUAGGAACACUGUCGCCCGAACACCUUACACCAUCCCGUACUGCGCUCGUUUUGACGAUUGUCAUUGCUCUAUUGGUAAUCGGAGCUGCGGUAACUGUUUUUAUAUUCAAAAGAAAACGAAAAAAAUAUUUCAAAACAUGGAAUUCAAACGGUCUCUCAGCAGGUGACGGAUUACAGGUUUUUCUCAAUAAUACAUACGAUACUAAUGCGCCCUUCAUUGAGAAUCCAUAUAUGGAAGUCAGUGCCGCAAACGAACCUGCUUACGCUAACAUAGCAACCAAGGCUGAAACAUUAGAACAUAGACAAGUGAAAACUAACAGAGACAACGUGAAUCAUUACACAGAGGUUCUAAGUUCUAAAUCAACCGGAUACAUUGAUAUGGAAGGCAGACUCCCUUUCCCGUCGACGAAUGUAACGGGUGAUGGCUACACCCGGUGUAACCCGUCUGCGAGUAAUGCUGCUACACGUGAUGACUAUAGCUUGUGUAGCGGUUCAGAAAUGACACCCGGUAUCUACAAUACAUUUUCUGACAUGAACAAAUUAUCAACUGAUCAUGAAACUGAAAAUCCAUACGAUCAUAUACAGCCCACAACAGAGGACGGGUACGGCGUUCUAAAUGGAUCAAAGGAAUUAAUUGCUAACGAAACUGAUGACGACAUAUCCGGACAUCGAAAUUCAUCAGAAUGUCCUCUUUAGUGGAACCUUUUCAAUAUCACUAUACAAUGUUUGGGUUUUGUAUUACAGUGUUAUAACUAGUUGAACGUACAUGUAUACUUCCUAGUUGUAUUUCGCAUUUCAUGACCUCUGCUUUAUUCACUCUCAAUUUAAGCUAUUCGUUAAAACUAUAUUUCAUUGUUAUACUGAUAUUGUUAUCAAGGGGGUAAAUCCUCUAGCAGGUGUAUGUUUAUCUGAAAAUGUUCUGCCCUCACCCCACUCAGUUGUAAUCGGUCUCGAGUCAACAGCGCUUAUGAUAUUAAAAAGUUGAUAUGGCUAUCAAUACAUGUAGGUAUUUAAGAAUUAUACGAUUAGAAAAUUGAUUUUAAGAAAUGCAUGUGCCUCUUGUAUCGGUUUCAUGAAAAAACAGUAUGGAAUGUUUAUACAGCAACUUUCUGGUCCUCCUCAACCAGGCCAAUUUCCCUAAUGUUUGACUCGGGUAAUACACCAUGUCUCGGGGAACUAAUAUUGCAGUCGAUAUUUCAAAGCUAAAGAUAUUUUCUGUAGUCUCUAUUCAUUUUGAUCAAUGGAAACUGGGGUUGUCGGGUGGCGCAGUGGAUAACACACUCAUCUUUUACCAAGCGGCAGGGGUUCGAUAGCCCGAUCGGACUUGAAAAGGUAUGUUCCCGACUACAUGGGUUUUCUCCAGGUAAUUCAGUUUCGUCCCACAUUAAGAUCCCCUGGUUCUUAUAUACGUUCUAACAAGAGUGAUUGAUGUAAGUUAAAAUAACUUGUUUCAUAAUUGUUGUAAAAUAGAUAACGUUUAUAUUAUAUAAAUGGAAAUUCAACAUAACAAAACAAUAUGCUGAGGUCAUGCUGAGCAAACUAACAGUUUCACGCUCCAUGAAAAUGUUCCUUAAAGAUGUACCGUUACUCAAGAGAAAAAACUUUCGAACUAUUGUGAACUAUAUGUAACCCAUUUAUAUGUUUUAGUACUUGAGUUCGUUCUGUUGUAAAUUUACCUUUGUGACCUGUUGGUUACGUAACUUUGUCCAGUGUAAAUGUACACGUGUUCUGUGGAAUGUGACCAAACCAGUCGGACGUGACUGUGACAUGAGACAACCUGAGCACAUAACACCUGCUUUGCAUGCAGGAAUUCUUAUCAUACCUAUCAACGUCACUUCCUUUAGGUAGCAGUGUACAGUAGCGUACGAUGGCCAUAGGUGAUAUUUUUGUACAAUGAAUAACCCCUGUAAUAUUACAUGUAUAAAAACUUUAAAAAAAACAGCUCUAAAAUUACAUAUGCAUGAUGAAUUGGACUAUGUGGGAUUCUCAUUU